AUGUCAGGCAAAGGAGGAAAGGGCGGAAAAGGAGGAAAAGGUGGAAAGGCACCAACUAGCAAGAAGGCACCACAAUCCAGAAGUUCCAAGGCUGGUCUUCAAUUCCCCGUCGGACGUGUUCACCGUUUCUUGAAGAACACUGUGCACCAAGGCCACCGUGUGGGUGCUACUGCUGCCGUGUACACUUCCGCCAUCUUGGAAUACCUCACCGCUGAGGUUCUCGAGUUGGCUGGCAAUGCUUGUAAGGAUUUGAAAGUAAAGCGUAUCACACCACGUCACUUGCAGUUGGCCAUUCGGGGAGACGAAGAAUUAGAUGCUCUAAUCAAGGCCACGAUUGCAGGAGGUGGUGUCAUUCCUCACAUCCAUAAGUCUCUCAUCAACAAGUCUACAAAGGGUAAGAAGGCCAAGUUCUAA